UUUGCUUUGAUUGUCAAAGUCCAAAGUCGGAUUGUCUUACUUCCAGGAGGCCCUCUUGUCAGUUUCGCUUUCGGUGGAUAUAGUCAGUGGUGUAAAAUUCUAAUAUUCUCGGUCCUGAACAACUACACUACAAGUGAAAGACGCGAGAACUGUGCUGUCGGUUUGCUCCUUAUCAUCUGGUGGUAUUUGCAGUUGAGAAGUGUAGAGUUGGCACCACCUGGUGUUGGGUUGUACAAAGAAUAGAACCUCCUCUCCAGCAGCAUUUCGAAUUGGUUCAUUUUCAAUUACGAAAUGUUUAACCGCGACAGGAGGAAAUCUACUCGCAGCCUUCAACAUAUGAAGUAGCCGCACGGCUUCUGAUUAAAAAACUCUCGCCAAAAUAUUUUUUCUUUCCUAUUGAUUUUGAUAGAUUUUCCUACAACAUUCAGCGACUGAGCAGCAGUCUGUCUUUCGACGUAAUAGAAAAUAAAAUUGCUUUCGAUUUAUUACAUUCAGUUCAAGGCCUUCGUACUAUCGCAAUCCCGGAGGUCUCUCCUCAGGUUUUAUGUCACUAAUAGUGUAGAAGUAGACCAGCACUAGUAGUACAGCUGCAAAAACACGACGCCUGAAGUAGACGGGGGAGAGAACCAGCACCAGAAAUAAACGCAGCUUCACAGCACAAGCAGCAGCAGCACGAGCUGCACCAGCAGGGAAAACCUACAUCAAAAAGGAAUCAACCUAGGUGUCUCCUGCACCACGAUCAUAGAUAGGACGGUGCUAAAAUCGAAGAUGAAGUUGCUCCAUCAUCAUCUUCGUGCAGCUUAUUUGCUCGCUGCCGCCUCGUGGUGCACGACCUUGUGGAGCUCUUCUUUCAUCUACGACAUUGCUGAUGAAGAUCAUCUCCCGCUCGCCUCUUUUUUGACAUCGACUUGUUUCCUCCUCGUCCCGUCCGUAUCCGCAACAGGGAUGGCACGACACACGAAAUUAUGCCUUGGACGGUCGUUAGCGUACAGAAGGGUGAAUUUGCAGUGAAUUUGUAUUGCAUGAUUUGCAUUUACUUAAAAGAGAAAUUCGCUACGUAUGGACACGAGCCCAAGCAUCCCACAUAGCCUGGAGGGCUGCUCGUCGCGUGGUGGCGCUUGCAGCACCAAAAGAGGUGGUCUUGCGGGGGCUCGCCGGGCUGUGUAGUGCGUAUUUAGCGACCAGAGGAGAUGGGUCGGGGGGCUCUUAUUCUUCUGCGCGUCUGCCUCAGAAGUUCCUCUCCGGAAUUGUCGAAAGGCAAAGGGAGGGCGACGCCUGAACACAGGGGCACCCACUAGCUCAACACGUACGCUCUCACGACUUUUGGCUGUGGCGUGGAGUUGGACAUCUCGGAGUAGCCUCGGGUGGAAGGCACGACUCGGCCGUCUGGGAGGAAGUUGGACAUCUGGGAGGUGCUCCAAAAAGCGCGCGGGUAGGCCCUGGGAAGUGGGGCCGAGGGGAAAAGACAAGCACCCUCUGUUGCCCUCGGCCCGUCUAUAUUCUGCCGAAAAGGCCUGGAGGGUUCACGCGCGCGCCUGCCGGAUAGACGCGUCAAAGCCCUCGGCCUGGUCCUUUCGCCCUUGCUUUCGCGCCUUCGUCUUUGCCGCGGCUGUUGCAGUGCUUGCUCUUCUGCAAGCACAGGGAGACGAAAAGAUAUGGCCAAAGAACGACGCCCAGGCCAUGUCCAGCUGUCCGCCGCAUACCCUGCGAGUUCUGCGGUGUACAGACCGCUCUUCCCAGAAGGGCAAGAGGGACAAUGUCCCGGCAGUCUCCUCUGCUAUUUGUCAUGCAAAAUUCACUAGAGAUUCACGUCACCGCGUCUCAUGCUAACGCGUGUUAAAGCUCUAACAUCUUUCCUCCUCGUCCCGUCCGUAUCCGCAACAGGGAUGGCACGACACACGAAAAAUAAGAAUGAACGAGCUAUGAAAGCCUCAGGUUGGAAAUCCUCAAAGUGAAAAUUUGUAAUGCAGAAAAACGACUCCAGUUGAAGCACCAUUUCUAGUCGGCGCAUGACAAGUUUCCCGGGGACUCAAAACGUGUCUGUCAUGCUAGUUAGGCAAAGGGGUGCCCUUCUGUCGUGCUAAUCAGCAGCCCAAUUCUGAACCCGUAGAAGCACAAUAGUCGGCCUCCAUUGCGUCCUCUGCAAUACAGGGCUUUUUCCGUCGCAUUUCAUGCAUCACAAAUUAUUUCCACUUUGAGGAUUUCCAUUCUGAGGCGUUCAUACGAGCACGAGGAGGGGAGGAUGAGGAUCAAGAUCGCGAUGACCUCACGGCCGCGGCCAGGACGACCCACGAGGACCCGUCGCUGUGGUCCCCGCCCGGCGGAAAGGAUGUUCACGAAGAUAUCCAAGAAAAAAACAACAUCACAAUCACAGUUGGGAAGUUUUGCAUCAGAAAUUCGGGUCGCAUAACAUUUUUUUCUUGUAUUGCAAAAACACAAAGGAAAAUUGCCCAUAACUCUUGACUGUGAUGCAGUUUUGCGCAUGACAAAAAUUUUUGUAUUGCAAAACUGUGCAAAAGUGAUUGUGAUGGUGUUUUUUUCUUGGAUAGAAGACCUCGAGGUUGUAAAAGUCCCCGCGGCCACGUUUAUUUCAAAAAGAACUCAGAAGAAGCAUCAAAAAGAAACCUGGUUUCAGAAACUCCAGAAGACCUUCACGGCGACGGUCAUUACCAUGCGCGACAAGUGCGGAGAGAACAGCAUUUCUGGUCCGCCGUACGACGAAAUCGAGUUGUUACCGCCGGCUCCACGACCUGGUAAAGACGUUCUUGCGAGGACCGCGCCUAGCGAGCGGAUAAAUUUUCUCCAGGAUCGUGAAGAAAUUUUCUCUCUUUUCUUCCCUGCCGACCCUGUGCCUGUAAAAAACCAGCCGCAUGUAUGGAAGCGUCAGGACUGAAAUCGUCAAAGUUAACCAAUAAUUUCCCAUGCAUAAAUUGCAAGGCAUGAAGUGCCUCUCUUGCAGAGAUUGCAAGCGAGCCCCACUGUCAGCCUGUUUCGGGUCUCCUCUGAUAUAGCUGCUAAAGUAGCAUGACAAAAAACUACGCCCCCUGUCCCUCAACAGCAUGACAAACUGGACGCAGACGGUGCCGAAAUUUGUCAUGCACCGCUUGGGAAUUGGGCUUCCAACUGAUGUCGAUUUUAUGCAUGACAAACUAUUUCAACUUUGACGAUUUCAAUCCUGACACUCCCAUAGCAUGCGAAACUGUUCCUGGGCGUCAUGCCGAUGAUUUGGGGUGAUCACCUCACCGAGCGUGAAGGUCAGUCGUUUUUUUCGGAGGUCUAUCCAAGGAAAAUAAAAGUGAUACAGUUCUUACACAUUGACAUUUGAUUGUAGUGAAAAGAAUUCAGCAUGACAAACUUUCCUUGCAUGUCAGAGAAAACUUGAAAUGCAGAGAUGAAGAUCAUAAGGCAAAACACAAACAACAAAGGAGGCUUGCAAGCAUUUUUUGCAUGAUAAAGGUUGUCUGUGAUGCUUGUCCCGCAACACAAUGUAACACUUUUAUUUUCUCGCGAUAAGGUCGGUAUGUGGGACAGCUUCCUGAGCAAGGACGGCGAUGGUGAGAGGAAGAACCGGCUUUGCUAUCCUGUGCAAAAGUAUCGUACUCGUAUUGCAAUCAUGCAUUACACGUCUUUUCCUUAAGGUAAAUUCGCAGUACAAGUUUCAUUUCUCAUGCUGAGGAAAUUUGUAAUGCAUUUAUACGAGUACUAUACUAUUUACACUUUAUAUUUGCAGACCCUUUUUCGAAUACAAUCUGCUGAUUCGGGAAAAUAUCGGAAUGUUUGUCAGCUUCAAUAACAUGCAAACCGAGACCGCUUAUCUGCCGUGGGGCAAGUAUCACCAGGACUUUUACGGAGAAUUUUCGACAAGAACCCCAACAACUACUACAUCUUCUAGUGCUAGUAACAAACAGCAGGACCUCGACCUCCAGCACAGUGAGCACUUGCUCUGCACGCCGGAAACGAAGUUGCAACCUCGGGACAUUACAUACGGCAUGCAUGCUAUCAAACAAAAAAAGUUCGUCACGAUCACUCAUGCGCAUUUUUGCAAUACAAAACUGUUUGUCAUGCGUAAAAAUGCAUCACAGCCAAACUUUAUUAGGGAUUUCCCUAGUGUUUCUGCAAUACAAGGAAAGUUUGUGAUGCUAAGAAAAUUUGUAAUGCAAACCCUGCAAAUUAGUGACUGUGAUAAACUUUUUUCUCUCCAUACAUGCGGCACCGGAGGCGUUUUUCUACGGGCCCCGCCAGCGCCAUUUUAAGCAGCACCAGUUUUGCCAAUACGACCACUAUAUCCUGUGCAAAAUAAAUGUCUUGGUCUGGAGGAAUUCAUGUUUGUCAUGCUUGUCUGGCAUGAUGACUCUUAAAUCUGUCAUGCACGUUACCCAAGAGCUCCGCUUUUCUGUGAUGCAGAAGCGCAGUUUGUCAUGCAGAAUAGGCAACACCUAGGAGCUCAGAAACUUGUCACGCAGCUGAGCCAGCAUCUGUAGCCUCAUCAUGAGACGCCAUCCAGCAUCACAAGUUUCCAGACCCAGACACUUUUACAUUUGAUACACUACCCGCUCACCCUGGACCAACUGCACCGGGCGGCAGAUUCUAUCUUCCAGGCCCUGAAUGACAAUCGCAAUACCUACGUCCACUGCAAAGCUGGAAUGACGAGGAGUGGCAUGGGGGUGAUUGCUUUUUUGCUCAAGCACGCAACCUGUGCUUUGGGCGGAGUGAAUUCCAGAAGCCCCACAUUGGCGGAAGCAGUGGCUUACGUGACUACGAUGCGACCUGUGUCCAAUGUCGCCGGGAAGGAGGAGCAGCUGCGUAUCAAAAGGAAACAUCCCCCCUCCCCAUAUCAAAGCGGUAUAAUUCCGAAAAAUUGAUGCGUUGCUGAUUUGAGACCACAAAUCACGUUUGUCUUGCAAGAUGACAAGCGCAGAGGCUUCCGCGCCAUUAUCGAAGCGAUUUGGCAUGCUGUUGGGCCGCCUAGGGGGCGCCCGUAGUUUGUAGUAAUGCUAAACAACUAGACCCAGACGCCCCUACCUAGGCUGAGGAUCUGGCUGCGAAGAUGCCCUACUGCUGCAAGACAGCGCGCAUGUGUGUGCGGGGGAAAUCUUGCGCCACAGAUUUCCGUCUUAAUGUGGGGAGGGGGAUUUUUCAUUUUGAUACUGCGUCGACUUGUGGAGUUCGAAAAGGACGUCGCGUCUGCUUAUCAAAUGUAAAAAUGUCUGGGUCUGGAAACUUGUGAUGCUGAGUGGCGUAGCAUGAGGAGGCCACAAGUGCUGGCUCAGCAUGACAAAUUUCUGAGCUUGUAGGUGUUGCCUAUUCUGCAUGACAAACUGCGUCUCCGCAUGACAGAGAAAAACGUCUCCUGGGCAAUGUGCAUGACAGAUUUAAGAGUCAUGCCAGACAAGCAUGACAAACAUGCAUUCUUGCAGAUGACUCAGACACUUUUACAUUUGAUACUGCUAAAAAUAGUGCAGCUUCAGAACAAGAAGAUGGUCACAAGUGGAGAAUGGCGAUCUCUUGCGACGUAUCCUGUGCAAAAGUAUCGUACUCGUCGUAGUAAUCGCAGUCAUGAUGCAUAAUUGCAAAUUUGUUUGUCAAGUUAAAUCCGCAUCUCAUGCUGGGGAAAUUAUUUGUCAUGCGAUUUAUACUACAACGAUGCCUUUGUAUUUCAUACGACGGUCACUUUCGUUUUCUAGAAGUCAAGGGAGUAGAUGUAUUGUUCUAUUCCAAGAAGAACUACGCCUACUAUGGAAGUGUCAGAAUCGAAAUUGACAAAGUCGAAAAAUUUGUGAUGCGUAAAAUCUACACCAGCUGAAGCCAGAGCCUCAGUUUGUAAGUAGCGCAUGACAAUGAAUUUCAGGAGCCCUCAAAGCCGGUACGUCAUGCUGUUUGGGCAAAGAAGACUGCUCCUGUCAUGCUACUCUGGCAGCACAUUGCAUAACCCUAAACAGGCUUGCUGCAAUCGGUCCCAUUUGCCUGCCCCCGAAUUAUGCAGGCCUCCAGUGCAGCCCUGCAUUUUAUACAUCACAGAUUUACUUUCGAUUUUGUCGAUUUGGAUCCUGACACAUCCAUACCUGCAAGUUCUAUGAUUAUCAAAAUGAUCAUGGCGUUGACAAAAGAUUUGUUGAUAUGCAAGAAAAAAACUGUGUAAGUGUAUAGUUUCCGGGAGGAAUAGCAUCACAAGUUUGCUCUGCAUGACACAGAAAACUUGUCAUGCGUAGAUAGUACUUGAAAACAAAACACGUACAAAAAUAGCCCCUGAUGCAUGUCCAGCAUGACAAGUGCAACAGUUUUGCAUUUUCUGCAACACAAAGUUACACUUUUUACACAGUUUUUUUCUUGGAUAGUUGAGCGGGGGAAGAUGAAGCUGUAUCGGCUUAUCCUUCGCUUGCUUACGAAGCCUCCGAUGACGGGAUGGAGGUUAUCCAAUGCAAAAGUAUCGCACUCGUCGUAUCUAUAAAUGCAAUACAAAUUUCCUCAGCAUGAGAAAUAAAAUUUGUAAUGCGGAUUUAACUUAAGAACAAGAUUUGUAAUGCAUGACUGCAAUACGAGCGCGAUACUUUUGCGCAGGAUAGAGCUCGUCCGACGUUGAUCCGAGUGCUUUCCCGGACGCGGAUGAGGAACGCAAUUUGAAAAUAUCAAAUGUAAAAGUGUCUGGGUCUGGAAGAAUGCAACUUGUGACGCUGUCUUUGGAAGGUAAAAAAGGCUCUAUUGCAUGACCAGAAAGAGGAGAUCAGUUUGUGCUACGCGGAGUGGGUGUUUCUCAUGCGAAAUACGCAGCAGAAGACCCUUUAAGAAUCUGUGAUCCUCGGCCAUGCAUUACAGGCAUCAUGGGUUAUCCAAAAUAUGCAUGACAAACCUGGGAAUCUCCCUGACCCAGACACUUUUGCACUUGAUAGAAAAAGCGGAUCGACAAGGCCGUGGCCAACGACCCUCGGAAGCUGCCGUGGCGUAUGGAAGUGUCAGAAUCGAAAUUGACAAAAUCGAAAAAUUUGCGAUGCGAAAAAUCGUUGCCAGGUAGACCCACAGUUUGUAGUCGGCGCAUGACAAAUUUUCCCCGUCCUGGAAGCGAAUCUGUCAUGCGGUUUAGAGCAAAAGUGCUGUCUUCUGUCAUGCUAAUCAGCAGCCCAAUACUUGACCCUUGCCAGGACUACAAUCCGCCUUCCUUGCAUCCUCUGCAAGAGAGCCGCUUUUUGUGUAGCAUUUUAUGCAUUACAAACUUUUUCGACUUUGUCGAUUUCGAUCCUGACACUUCCAUAUGGCGGCUGGCCUCCGUACUGCGCGGCACGCUCCGGAAAAAUAUCGCCGUGGCGAAGAAAACUGGCAACUUUUUCACCCGGCGCUUUGAAAAGAAGCACGACAGCUCCGCCGCCGCCCCACAGCAGGAGGAGAAGAUCGAUUGGAAGCUGGGCGUGUUUGCCCGAGUGAUGGUCGAAGAGAAGCAGAAGCAGGCUACUUCUCUUAUCACAAGAAAAAGUGUUAACGUUAACGGAUUUUGUGAUGCAGAAAUGCAUCACAAGACGUGUCAGAAUUUGUCAUGCAUAGCAUGCAUAUUGGGCUACAUUUGUGAUGCAUGACUGCAAUCUGUGAAAACCGUUAACGUUAACACUUUUUCCUGUGAUAUCUCUUGCAAGUACUUCAACUUCUGCUGGAGGGGGUGUCAAAAGUGAAGUAGAAGACGCUCUUGUUGCAAACGACUCCACGACCUUAGAUGACCGGUCGACGACAGUGGGCAGCGAGGACGACGGUCGCAGUACAACUAGUAGCACUGGUCGUGGUGCCGGUCCAGACGAGGCGGAGCAAUAUCCUGUGCAAAAGUAUCGUACUCGUACUAAUCGAAUUCAUGCAAUACAAAUUUCUUUCUCACGUCAAAUCCGCAUUACAAAUUUUCUUUCUCAUGCUGACGAAAGUUGUCAUGCGAUUUAUACUAGUACGAUGCUUUCGCAUUUCAUAAGCAAGAAGAUGAAACAAGAUCAGACGCGCUUGCCGCGGUCGUGGAUGAAGUUGUUCACGAAGGUCAGCAGGACCACAUCUAUCCAUAGAAAACAAAACUAUGUGAGUGUAAGUCUGUGAUUAUGCAAAGUACGCAACAGCACAUACACAGUGACAGUUCUUAGUACACCUCCUGUUUAUUCCAUACGCCGGCCUCCAGCCAUCAACUCCUGUUUAUUUUUCCAUAUGUGUUUUUUUUUUGGCGUACAACGAACUAGCUGCGCAUCAUGACAGGUCGUUUUCUCGGUCAUGCAGAGAAAAUUUGUCACGCCGUUAGUACUUCUUCAAGAAGACAACAACAAACACACAGUUUUUGUCGUGGAUCACAUCAAAGACGACAUCAGUGCAAAUAAAGCUCCCGGGCCGGAUCUGGAAGUCGCGGCUCGCGAGGUGGAUCAAAUCAAAAAAACAAAUACGAAGCAUGGGGAAUUAUACGAUCUGCUGGAUGCGGCCAACACGGACUUCCCGGACGAGCAUAUGAAGGUCCUUGCGCACCAUCAGCACGAGAACAACUUCCUUGCGCAUCACGAAAACUUCCAGACGCUUCUCGACCCGCAUCUCCUCCAACCUGCUGUAUAUCACGACAGUAGCAGCACAGCGAGUAGAGAUGCGACGAACCAUGUUGAACCAACUGGGGGCACGGAACCCAAAAUUUCAAUUUAUAAUCUGCACAUUCAGCUGAAGCUCCCGACGGAAGAAGUAUCCUGUGCAAAAGUAUCGUACUCGUACCAAUUGCAUUUAUGCAUUACAAAUCUGGUUCCUAAGGCAAAUCCGCAUUACAAAUUCAAUUUGUAAUGCUGAGCAAACUUGUAAUGCAAUUCAUACUAGUACGAUACUUUUGCAGUUCAUAAGAAGAAGAUCCAACUGAUACGAGUACUACUAGUACCAGUCACGACACGGUAGCUGCCCAGGACGAGGCGUCGCAUGGUCACGAAAAAUUUCUUGAGAUAUCCAGGAAAAAAAUAAAACACCCAUCCCCAUCCACCAAGAAUUUGUCCUGCGCCAAAACAUGCAUAAAUUUAACUAGAUAUAUUUUUCACGUGGUGUUUGUCAUGCAAGAAACGGAUGGGGAUCAUGGGUGUAGUUUUUUCCUGGAUAGGAGAUGACCGCUGCGCAGCUGUACAACCUAAUUUUCGCAGUAUUCUGCGCAAAAAUGUUCCCACGACCCCAGAGUCAAGAUGGGAAAUUUUUUUUGCCCGGCCCCCAAUUCUUGCAUCAUUUAAUUAUGCUAGUCGGGGCGGUGAGAAACAGAAAUCUGCUAGACAAAUCAGCCAGCUUUAUUGGGUGUUGCGCAUGA